CUCUUCCUGAGAGCCCACCCCGCUCCUGUUUUAUAUCCUUCCAUUUUGAUUUUCAUUUCUCUCUAUAUUUCCUCUCCAUUCAAUCACUCCGUUUUCAUCGCUCUGGUUUUCGUUUUCUCGUUACCUCUUUUUCUUUAUUCUUUAUUCUUGUUUCUUUUAGUUUCCUUUUUCUCCCUUUCUGAAAUAAUUAAUAAAAAAGAAAUGAACCCCGAGCCACCCAAAGACGUCGUCGUCGAUGAUAAGAAAAUUAAUAUUUCCAAUGGCGACGUUAACGGAACCGUCGUCAAGCUGGAUGAUCAACUCGGAGCUGGAUUCUCUGAUGUGGAAAUGAAGAAAAUCAUUAGUGAAAAGAAGGAAGAUUGUAGUUUGAAUUCUGUUGAAGUGAAUAAAAUCGGAGAGUCCAACGCUAAGGAGGUUAAUCAUCAAAUUCAAAGCAACGGUACUAAUUGCUAUAAUAACUACAUGCCAGCCAUCAAGGCUCAAGCUCAUUUCCCGAAACCCCAGCCACCGCCACAGCCACAGCCCGAAUUGGAACGCUCUCAAUCCGUAUCCCCGGCCGAAAGCAUGCCUAGCAUAGGGAAGUACAUAAAAGAUCGAAGCACCACUCUCUCAGCGGCAAUCAUAAAACGCUUAUCGUCGCUAACAGAGGACGGCCAGGAUUUCGUCGUGAAAAACGAUUCGUUAAACUUGGAGGUGACGGAGAUCAAAAUCCCGGGUGUCAAAGUCAUAGUGAAGCUGAAAAGCGAAGACGAAAGGUUUGAUUUAAAAGGUCGAAUAACGUUUUUUUCGCGGUCGAAUUGUCGUGACUGCACCGCCGUUCGGAAAUGCUUCAGAGAAAAACGGCUACCGUACGUGGAAAUAAACAUCGACGUGUUCCCCAAAAGAGCCAAGGAGUUGGUGGAAAGAACGGGGAAAUCGGAAGUACCUCAGAUAUUUUUCAACGAGAAGUUAUUGGGUGGGUUAGUGACGUUGAAUUCGUUGAGAAAUAGUGGGGAGUUGGAUAAGAGAAUGAGGGAAUUGUUGAGCCAGAAAUGCCCUGACGGAGCUCCUAAAGUACCGGUGUAUGGAUUCGAUGAUGAUGAAGAUGAAGAAGAAGAAGAAGAAAAAGAUGAGUUGCUGGGGAUUGUGAAGCUUCUGAGACAGAGUUUGCCGAUUCAGGACCGUCUGAUUAAGAUGAAGAUCGUCAAGAAUUGCUUCGCCGGUGAUGAUAUGUUGGAAGUCAUCAUUCACCACCUUGACUGCGGCAGGAAAAAGGGAAUUGAAACUGGAAGGCAGCUGGCCCAGAAGCAUUUUAUCAAACAUGUUUUCGGGGAAAAUGAUUUUGAAGAAGGAAGACAUUUUUAUCGUUUCCUUGAGCAUGAGCCCUUCAUUACAGCAUGCUUCAACUUUCGGAUCUCAGUCAACGAUGGUGAGCCCAAAUCCCCAUCUUUUCUAGCCGACAAGCUUGCCAGGUUGAUGACCGCCAUACUCGAAGCAUACGCAUCAGAUGACAGGCAUCAUGUUGACUAUUACAGGAUCGGGAAGAGUGAAGAAUUCCGCAGGUACUUAAAUUUGACACGAGAUCUGCAAAGGGUGGAUCUUCAAUUACUAAGUCCAGACGAGAGACUAGCCUUCUUCUUGAACUUAUAUAAUGCCAUGGCCAUCCAUGCUGUAAUUACCAUUGGACAUCCUGAAGGAAUACUUGAUAGAAGAGCUUUUUUCGGUGAUUUCCAAUAUGUAAUUGGGGGCUACCCUUACAGCCUCAGCGUUAUACAGAAUGGGAUCCUUAGAAACAAUCGAAAGUCACCUUAUUCCUUGGUCAGGCCUUUUGGCAAUGGUGACAGGCGCUUAAAGUUUGCUCCAGCUAAAGUUAAUCCAUUGAUCCAUUUUGGACUAUGCAAUGGAACAAGGUCAAGCCCCACCGUUAGGUUUUUCACUGCUCAGGGUGUUGAAGGUGAGCUAAGAGGUGCUGCAAGGGAGUACUUCCAGAAUGGAGCCAUAGAGAUCAAUCUAGACAAGAGAACUGUUUCUUUAACUAGGAUCAUCAAGUGGUUUAGUGUAGAUUUUGGACAAGAGAAAGAUGUGCUGAGGUGGGUGAUGAAUUACCUGGAUACAACCAGGGCGGGGCUUUUGACGCAUCUUUUGUCUGAUGGAGGCCCUAUUCACUUCGUGUAUCAAGAUUAUGAUUGGGCUGGUAAUUUAUGAACCCCCCAAACUUUUUUCAGAAGUAUAAAAUUUAUUUUUGGGAUGGAAUGAAAAUUCAUUGAAACAAAACAAUAGGACGAAGCUGCAAUUAUAACGGGCAGGAAGAGUCAGGUUUUUUUGUUUCGUAAAUAUAGAUAUUUAUAAUAUCUCAGUUUCAGAGGUUAAAUGAGGAACUAGGCUCCAGCCUUUCAGCAAAGGCAUUAAAGUUAGGAAUUAUAGAUACAGAUUUUAUAUGAAUUCAAACAAUGUGUUUGGUAGGUGGGAAAACUUGCUUGUCUUGUCCUUUAUUUGUUUUUUAAUCCUAUUGAUGGUAUGGUGGUGAAAAUGAAACAUUUGAAAGUUGGAAAUCGUUGAAGUGAAA